GAUACUGCUCAUGGACAUACACUCCCAAGAAAAAUCUGCAGGGUUGCACUGUUACUCAAGUUGAGGAGUCCCUUAGUAGAAAUUCAGAGUCAGAGGUUGGAAACUACAAUUACAACCUUUAGUCAAAUGCAGGAUGCUUUAUAAUUUUUGUACCUUUUCUUAUUUUUUUUCCAGGUCAUUACAGCACUCCACAAAGUCCUUUUGAAUCAGACUAUUUGAAUACAAGUGAUUAAUUCUUUGUUGUGAAUCAGGUUUAGAAAUCUGCCCCCGCCCAGCUGUUUUAUAAGCACUCACUCAAGCUGAACUGAGGACACUUGGUGGACAGUGAGUGGACGUGGAGGCUCUGCAGUGCGAAUCAUUUUCAGUUUGUUGCAUAACAACUUAUCGGUGAUAUGGACACUUACAGAGAUUUUAGAAAAAUCCAGUCAAAGAAGCAACAUGAGUAUAUCUCUUUAGAUGGGAACAGCCUCACAACUGCUGAUUUGGUCAGUUUGGGAAAAGUCCUUUAUAAGAUUAAGUUGAGUGCUGAGGCAGAGGAGCAUGUGAGCAGAGCUAGAGAUGUUAUCGAGAAGAUCAUAUCUGAAAAACAAAUUGUUUAUGGAGUUAAUACAGGCUUUGGGAAAUUUGCACAGACUGUUGUGGGAAAAGAUCAACUCAAGGAGCUGCAGGAAAAUCUUGUCCGCGCCACAAGUGCUGGGGUCGGAACCCCACUGAGUCCAGAGAGGACCCGGAUGCUUCUUGCUCUCAGGAUUAAUGUCUUAGCUAAAGGUCAUAGCGGUGUUUCCUUGGAGACUCUUCAGAAAAUGGUGGCAGCCUUUAAUGCCUCCUGUCUCUCCUGGGUCCCUGAGCAAGGGACAGUAGGGGCGAGUGGAGACCUGGCCCCUCUAGCUCACCUGGCUCUGGGGCUGAUGGGAGAAGGACGCAUGUGGUCACCAAAGACCGGCUGGGCUGACGCCACAGCUGUUCUAGAAGGACACGGUCUGACCCCAAUAUCACUGAAACCCAAAGAGGGACUUUCUCUGAUUAAUGGGACUCAGAUGAUAUCAUCACUGGGUGCUGAGGCAGUAGAGAGAGCAGAAGCGAUCACCCGGCAGGCUGAUGUCAUCGCUGCUCUCACUCUAGAGACACUGAAGGGAACCAACAAAGCUUUCGACAUUGAUGUCCAUGCAGUGCGGCCUCACCCGGGUCAGAUUUUAGUCGCCCAGAGAUUUCGCUCCCUGCUUCAUUCUGACUUCUUUCCCUCAGAAAUCACAGACGAGAAGUCCUAUGAAGGUGUUCAGGAUGCCUACAGUCUACGAUGCUGCCCUCAGGUGCAUGGAGUAACCAAUGACACGAUUGCUUUUGUGAAAAACAUUCUCAACACUGAGCUAAACAGUGCUACGGAUAAUCCUCUGGUUUUCCCAGAGCGAGGAAUCACUAUAUCAGCAGGAAACUUCCACGGAGAGUAUCCUGCUAAGGCUCUGGACUUCCUGGCUAUAGGAGUGCAUGAGCUGGCGAGUAUUAGUGAGCGGCGUAUUGAGAGGCUGUGUAAUCCCUCACUCAGCAACCUCCCUGCCUUCCUGGUGAAAGAAGGAGGAUUAAAUUCAGGCUUUAUGGUGGUCCACUGCACUGCUGCUGCCCUUGUGUCGGAGAAUAAGGUGCUGUGCCACCCGGCCUCUGUGGACUCUCUGUCCACCAGUGCAGCUACAGAAGACCACGUGUCUAUGGGGGGCUGGGCAGCCAGAAAGGCCCUGAAGGUGGUCGAGCAUGUGGAGCAGGUCCUUGCCAUAGAGUUACUCGCUGCCUGCCAGGCUCUGGAGUUCCACCGGCCCUUAAAGACCACAGCACCUCUGGAGAAGGUCUACGAGCUCCUGCGCUCUGUAGUCAGGUGAUCACCAAAACUAAGACACACACUCGAGACUCAAGCAAUGAAUAUUUAUAGACUUGUAUAUAAUAUGUGCUAUACCUUUUACUUCAGUAUCAGAGAUACAGUAGAAAACCUUGUCGUUUUUGUCUUGACGUGUCUAAGCAAAUUGUGCAUUUCCCAUCAGGCCCUGGGACAAAGAUCGUAUUAUGAGCUCUGAUAUUGAAGCAGCUCACCAGCUCCUCCUAAAGGAAAAGGUGUGUCAU